AUGAAUAUAUGGUUUACAGUGAGAGAAAUGGAGGGGGGUGGUGGUGGUGGUGGAGGAGAAAAAACAAAGGGGUCAUGGAGUCCCCAAGAAGAUGCUACACUAGUAAAGCUAGUACACGAACACGGGCCACGUAACUGGUCUUUGAUAAGUCUCGGGAUUCCGGGGCGGUCCGGAAAAUCGUGCCGGCUGCGGUGGUGCAACCAGUUGAGCCCGGAGGUGCAGCACCGUCCAUUUACGCCAUCGGAGGAUGCUACCAUUUUGCGGGCGCAUGCUGUGCAUGGUAAUAGAUGGGCCACUAUUGCACGACUCUUGCCUGGGAGGACUGAUAAUGCUAUCAAGAAUCAUUGGAAUUCGACGCUUAGAAGAAAGCGAAAUAACCAAAAUGAUAAUAAACGGAGUUGGGAUGAAUCGGGAACCAUGUCGACCGAGCGGGAGUCGGCGUGUAAGAGGAGGCAGUGUUCACAUGUGUCGCCGGAGCAGAGUGGUUGUGGUGGGACUGAGGAGACUUCGAUUACUUUGACGUUAUUGCCCCCAGGGGAGGGUGAGAAAGUGGAGGUGAUAAAGGAGGAGGAGGAGGAGGAGGAGGGGAAAUCGAUGAUGGAUGUGGAAGAGACUUGUUUGGUGACGAUAAUGCAGAGGAUGAUAGCACGUGAAGUUCGAAGUUAUAUUGACAAAUUACGUGGUCAGGGUGGGCUUGGAAGCCCAGAAAGGUCUGUAAAUUGAUUUUCUGUGUUAAUUACUAAGAAUGCUUUCUUUUCUUUGAUAUGAGAAAUUGUUAUUUUGCGAUGGUGAAUCAGGUUUUAAACCACGAAUCAUGUUAUACAAUUGAGUAAUGCUAGUUAGCA